CCGCUUCCGUCUCCGUCUCGCGGGAGGUGGUUGUCGGCGGGGGAGUGAGGAGAAGUGAAGAGAAGUGAAGCGCGGGAGCCGUCGCCAUGACCUCGGCUUUGGAGAAUUACAUCAACCGUACUGUUGCAGUAAUUACUUCUGAUGGAAGAAUGAUUGUGGGAACCCUCAAAGGUUUUGAUCAAACCAUUAACUUGAUUUUGGAUGAAAGCCACGAACGAGUGUUCAGUUCUUCACAAGGAGUUGAGCAAGUAGUGCUGGGAUUAUACAUUGUAAGAGGUGAUAACGUUGCUGUCAUUGGUGAAAUUGAUGAAGAGACAGAUUCAGCUCUUGACUUGGGGAACAUUCGAGCAGAACCUUUAAACUCAGUUGUGCAUUGAAAAGAUGAAAAUGCACAGGGACUUUGUAAAUCUUUGGUUGUACAGACCUAUUUAACAAUGUGGACAAUUUUUACAAAUUGUGUUUAAUUUGUUUAGUCACCAGUUUUUUAUUAUGAAUAUGUUGUAGUUUUGCAUGUAAAUUAAAGUUUCUACAUUUUACUAAA